AUGGCCCAAACACCCCAACAACGACGCGCAAACGACCGCUUCGCGAAGAGCGAGGCAGCCAAGCGCGGUCGAGGACCGACCACAAAGGCCCCCAAGCAGUCAUCAAAAUCACCCCUCUCUGCGGGUUGGGUUGUUGUUCUUGCCUUUGUCGUCUGCGGUGGUCUCCUUAUGGAGCUUCUCCGGGUUGUCCCAGAGCUGUGGUCAACCAUCGCCGCCAUGUUCUCGCGCAUCACCGGAUAA